AUAUAAAAAUUAUUUGUAUAUUUUCUAUAAAUUAUUACAUUAAUCUCAAGUAUUUGUUAGUUUACGUUAGAAAUUCGGUCAAACUUGAUGUGCAUAUUUACAAUUAAAAAAAUGACUAAAUUAAUUUUUCUUAUACUUUGCUGGACCUUAUUGUCUAUUAGCGCUGAAAAACCCAGCUGGUUACCCGAAAAUGCCGACGAAAUACCAACGAAAUGUUACGAAGAAAAUCAACUAAAACCCUUCUUUGAUAAAGAUCUACCAUAUGAUCAAUUAGUGAAUAAUACAAAACUACACGAUGUUCUCCUGUGCCAACUUAAAGGUUUUAAUAUUUAUAGCGAGGACACGGGAUUAAAUGUAGAUCGAUUUCCUUAUGCUUUUGGUUUAAAUGAAAUAAAUUGUGUAAAAUCCUUUGUGCAGGAAUGUGUUGACAAACACAAAGCAGUAGCUUCAGCAGGAGAAAUGAUUUUUAAAGUGAGCCAUUGCACUUGGGAAAAAAUAUCGGAGUAUAAGAAGGGUGUUCAUGUUAAUACUGAUGAUUGUUAAAACUAUUUCAAAUUGGAUGUUGAUUAUUCAUUUGUAUUGUACUUUGCGAUCAUUUAUAGUUACUAUAAUAAAUGUAAUGAAUAACUUAAAAUAA